UUUCUUGAUGAUGCCUUCUAAAUAGCCCUUGACAGACAGUGUGAGUAAGUUGUCUACUUGUGUUGCGUGAAGCUGAGAAAAGAGGAGAUGGACCGGCAACGGAAACAGGCUGAGGAAGAGGAGAAUGACAGGAUGAAGGCUAAACAGCGGGAAAAGGCUGAGAGACUGGAGGAGAGGAGAGAACAGGAGGAGAGGCAGAGGAGAGAAGUUCUCCAACAGGACCACCUCAGGAAGACAAAGCAGUUCCUUCAGAGGGUGGAGAGGUCAGAUGCAGCUCCAUUGGCAGUGACUAGUGCCUCACACACGUCACCCUGGGCCAGAGCCCAGGAAUACAGGUCAGAGAGGAGAGAGGAGGAGAACACCGCUCUACAGCUGAAGAAGGAGGAACAGAGGAAGAAGAGUGAGGUUUUGGAGGAGAAAGAGAGUGAUCAAGAGGAGGAGAGGAUGAGAGAAUUGAGAAGGGGGAGAUCAGCUUUCCUCGACCGACUGCAGAGUGGGGGCACAGAGGUUGCAGGGGGGCAGAUUGAGCUACAGCGCCCCCCUGUGGCUAUGGAGGAGGACAGAAGAGGCUGGCAGACCCAUAGCCAGACCUCCCGACCACAAGACACCUUUACAUCCCCGGAGCCUGACCCAGCACACAGCACCUCAGAGUGGCGAGAGGAGACCAAUCCAGACUUUGAGUGGGUUGUGAUGAAGCUUCAGAAUAGCUUCCCGUUCUGUGAGAGACCCUUUCUGGAGGACAUCGUCAUUCAGAGUAACGGAGACUAUCAACAGGCCUAUGACUUACUUAUCUAGUGUUGCGGAGACUACCAACAGGCAUGUGUGUUAGUCUAAUGACAACCCUUGUGUAUUAACUUUUAGUGCUGAAUCUUCAUUUAGUACUAAUAAUAUUGUGAACCUUGAAAGUAAUAGUACAAUUGUGACACUUGAUUCCGUAAUAAUGAUAAUAUUGUGAAACUUGACAAAAUCUAUGGAUCAAGUAAUGAUACUAUUGUGAAAGGUAAUAUCUUAGUCAUAAUAAUAGAGUGAAACGACUUAUUUUCGUCAGCACAAAUUACAAAUUACAAAUUGCUCCAUUGUGUCUGACAUUGAUUUAGGAUGUUUUUUACAAAUGAGUUGUAGGUCACUAGGAUGAGUUAGUAUCUUUAUAUCCAUUUGGCUUUUAACAAGCUCAUUGUGUUGUUAUGGAAACAUCUGUCCUGUUUUCUGUUUCUCUGUAUAAAGGCUAAUCACAAUAACAUGUUGGCUAUCCAUUACAAGGGUUUGUCAUCUGUAUGAUGGACAACAAUAGACCGUCUCCCUUGGUGUGUCCUAUUAGAUAAUAUAUUGGGUCUUUAUGUUCUGUGUCACCUCUGGUUUCGCUGAGAUGUUUGACUUUUCACUUUGUAUUCUUCAGAUGUUUCCCUGAUUGAAUUAGUAUUGUGAUGUUUGGGUCAGCUAUCCAGGUCUGUGUUUAAUAAAUCGUUGUUCAACACGA